GCUCGGUAUAACUAGAGCCUAGACAGGAUUACCCGCGGGAAGUCAGCUGAGAUCCUUUUGUUACUAGCUAAUCUAUUUCGAGGAGAGAUUCCAACUUAAUCCACGUUUCUUCAGUUGAAACAAUUCAAGCAAACGUCACGAUGAGAACCGACAUAUUAGUUCUUACAACGGUGCUUGGGGCUACCCAAGUACGCGGUGAUAGAGCGUGUGGGAAUAAUACCGAUACUUCUCCAACGUACCAAUGGCGUAUUGGUGCUGGAAGAUAUGACGGGGUAGUUAAUGGGACUGCUACAGUGGCACUAAGCAUAGUCCCAGGUACUAGUGCUAUGGGAACAUUCUUCGAGUGCGUUGCGGAAUGGCCGGAAUCAUGGGCAGGAUGGUAUGAAGAUGGAAAUAUCAUAUGGAGCGACUGCAUCUGGGCGGGCAAUGGACAAACAUACGAUACGGCGGUAUCGUUUGCGACGGACUGGAAGAACCACACGGUGUACAUAUCGCAUACGUUCGCUUGCUCGGAUAUCAAGGGAUCCGAUGCUUUAGCGACGGGAUCCAUACAACUGGAUAUGGACUGCACAUCAAGUACCGAAGGUGACGAAAGUUGUAUGUUGAAGGGUAGCGGCCUAGCCGUCACUACGAAGGGAGGGUUGGCUCAUGCGGAAACUGACGCCUGUGCGGACACCUCACAAAGCUAUCAAUCAUGGCAACUUGAAAAUUGGCAACGUCAAUACGAACUGAUCCCAGGCUCUUCGUCUGUCACGCCUGAGUCGGAUACUGGCCCGUCCUUCACGCUGAGAAAUAUGGCCAACAAAGAUGUGUUCGAUUGUUCAACUUCAGGGAAUAGAGACAGCACGUUCGAUGGGACCUGCCAGUCGGCGUCGGAAGAAAAUUCAACAACCACGGCAGAGUUUAUCUUCGACUCCCAGCUGGACAUCCUCACGAUUACCCAACACUGGAACUGUAGCGACUCAUCCUCGCUUGAUGCUACCGGUAUUGGCUAUGUCCAAGCAACGUGUGACCGCGAGGGAAACAUACUUAGUUGCAGUUCAGACCCGCUUUGGAUUGGCACGAAGACGAUGUAACUAUCUGUCCAGGUUAGGUAUAAAAUAUAAUGCUUAUGUACCUACCUAGGGUUAUGUUCUACGAAU